GAGUUCGUUUAAUUUUUUUCUUGUUUCGUUAUCAAUAGCUGUUGUUUUCAAUUCAAUCCCAAUUAGAGCAUAUUACACAAAAAAUUAUUGCGAAAAGCAUAUUUGUCCAUCACCGACCAUGACGCAUAUCGGCUGCGACACGGACAGACAAUUUGCAAAAACAUGUACCGGCCAUCGACUGGUUCCAAUGUCUACCAAAAGACAAAAAGUCAUUCUAAUGACACAUAACCGUUUGAGAAACAACAUAGCUAAUGGCGAAAUUACUGGAUACCAAAAGGCAGCCAAUAUGUCAAUGCUGCUUUGGGACGAUGAACUUGCCUAUCUGGCAGAACUGAACGUCAAACAAUGUGACACCAAACAUGAUCAAUGCCGCAGUACAGAGCGUUUCAAAUAUGCUGGACAAAACAUCGGGCUUAGCUGGAACAGCAGACGUUUGGCUAAUUACGGUUCUCUGCUAAAACGAAUUGUAAAGAAGUGGUUUUUCGAACAUAAAGAUGCCUCCAUGGAAUACAUCAAUUCGUUCAAGUUUCGCAGCGAUAAAAAGCCGAUCGGUCACUUCACUGCAGUAAUUCAAGAUCAGUCGACCCACAUUGGAUGUGCGACCGCCGUUUACGAUAAGGUACGCCACGUAGAUGGAGAGGAUCUUUCAGGAAAGGAAUUUCUACUCACCUGCAAUUACGCGAUAGGGAACAUCAAUGAUUAUCCCGUGUACAUCACUGGGCAGCCCUGCAGUAAAUGUCCGACAAGAAAGUGCCACAGUGUUUACAAAUCACUUUGCGAGUCCUAGAGUUAUUUAAAGUAACUAUUUGAAAAAAAAAAUCAAUUUCUUGAAAAAUAAAGUUUGAACUCGCAUUUAAA